AUGAGGGCCUUUGUGCUCUGCCUAGCCGUCGUUUCUGGCGUCUUCUGCGAAGAAACUCCAGCCGAAACCCUGCCAAAGUGCCCUCAUAUCGAUCCCUAUACUGAGUAAGGGUUUUUUUGGAUCAAUUCACGACUCAAAAUGAUUUUUUUAAAAAAAUUCUAUUUUUUUAUUUCUUGAAAAAUAGUGAACCGGUUGCUCUCAUUUUGAACAAUGUGGGGAAAAAAAUCACGUUAAGCUUGAAAAUUUGGCCAUUUUAGUAACGUUCUUUCAUACAGUAGUAAUUUUUUUGAAUUUUUCAAAAAAAUUUACUUUUUUUAUGGGUAGAAUGAGCAUAAGGGACAGGUUGAAACAAAAGAUUAAAGUUUUUUUCAAAUUUUUUUGAGAAAAAAAGCAAUUUUUUUCUGGUGCAUUUGUCAACGAAAAAAAUUGGUUUCAAAAUAAAUUUCAUGAAAUUUUCUGUGGGAAAAAUUUUUAAAAAUUCAUUUUUUUCCAGUGAUAAUCAUUUUCCAUAAAACUGAAUUUUUUUGAAUAUUUUUUUCUCCCGCUUAGAAAGCUGGCUGAAGCCGGGCGAAAAAAAUUGUUUUUUUGAAAUUUUUUUGAGGAAAAAAAGUUUUUUUGAGUAUUUUUCUAACGAGAAGCUUCUUUAAAUAUUGAUAACUAUGAAAUUUUUGGGGGGCGUUUUAAAAUCUCAUUUUUUUAAGUGUUAAUCACGCUGCAAAUUUUUCAAAUUUUUCAAUAAAAAAAAAUUUUUUUGGAUUAAGAUUUACCUGAUUUUUUUAAAUUUUUUUAUUAGCUUGGAAUGCCUUUUUCCAUAGAGCUUUUCAAGUUUUCGCAUUUUCAUUGUCAAGAGAAACUGUAAUCUCAAUUUUGUAAUUUUUUUAUCCAGCUUGGAAGGCUGGCUGAAGCUGGACGAGCGCAAGUGCAAUCACACUACGAUUGCUACCGGAAUCAGCGAAGAGGUAUGAAUUUUAUUAAUUAAAUCUAAAAAAAUAAUGAUAAAUAUGGAUUCCAGGAGAAGAAACGGUACGACGAAGGCUCCAAGGCGUUCGCCUUCGACUCCUUGGCCAGCGAAAAUCUCGGCCCAAGCAGAGAUAUCGGCAAGCAGGCCCAUGAACUGUUAGUAGCCCUGGAAAUGAUUUAUUCCCAUUUUUUUCAAAUGAGAAGAAAGUAACUACAGUCUUUUUUAAGAUUCAUGAAAAAUCAGUUUUUUGGGUCACCUGUCCUUAAAAAUUUGUAAAAAUUGACCUUACCUUUAGGUUCAAGACUUAGGACAUUAAGGUCUUUAGGGUCAAAUUUAUAAAUCCAUAAGGUUCAAAAGUUUCGAAGAACGUUUUCUAGAACGGCAUUCAGGACCCUAGGGUCAUAUUUUGUAUUCACAUAAAUUGAAAAUAUUUUGAACACCUUCUUCAAAAGUUUCAAAAAAGGGUUUUACCUUAAGCUUUAAGGCUUGGGGCAUUAAGGUUAGUAGGGUCAUAUUUUUACAUCAUUAAUAUCCAAGUUUUUUUCUGAAAAUAUGUCUCUAAAAAGUUCCGAAAACGACUUUUUACCUUAAGAUUUAACACUUAAGGCAUUUUGGUCCCUAGGGUCAUGUUUUUAAAUCCAUAAAUUUUAAAUUUCUCUGAAAAUCUGUCUCUAAAAGUUGUUAAAAAGACUUCCACCUUAAGAUUCAAACCUUAGGGCAUUAAGGUCUCUAGGGUCAUAUUUUUUUAAAUUUAGUAAAACUUCAGUUUUUCCCGGAAACUUGACCUUAAAAAAAGUUCCAAGAACGGUUUCUACCUUAUAAUUUAACACUUGGGGCUUUAAGGUCACUAGGGUCAUAUUUUUUUAAAUUCAUAAAAUUUUUAAAAAUUUUUCUGGAUACCAGCCCUUAAAAAAAGUUUCAAAAACUGCUCCUACCUUGAUUUUCGACGCUUGAGAGAUCAAAGACCAUUUUAUGAAAUUCACGAAAAUCUUCAUUUUUUUCAAAAACUGGUCCUCAAAAAGUCAUAAAUACAAAUUUAACCUUAAAAUUCAAAACUUGGCACAUUUAGAUUCCGAGGGGCGUUUUUUUGAAACUCAUGAAGAUCCUAAUUUUCUCGAAAUUCUCACGAACACCAUUUUCCUGUAAGACUGGAAGUUCUUCAAAAAAAAAAAAUUUAUUUGAUAAACUUGGUAGAAAUUCAACAGCGUCCUUCAAACAAUUGAGAAUUCAAUAAAAUUAAGAUCGAAAAAAAUCUAGAGAUUCUAGGGUAUUAAAAGUAAAAUCGUGUUGGGAAGGCCUGGGAUUCCCUGAAAGUCAGCCAGAACACUCUUUGAUGUACCAGAUGAAGCUCUUGAGAAUCUGAAAAUUCACAAAUUUUUAGUUUUCGAGGGCUCCAAGUCCCAGGAAAAAACCGCCCUUUUUCAAAAAAAUAGAAAGUUGUGCGGGUCGGAACUUUCAGAAUCUUUUUCUGGCCAACUUUAGGGUAAAUCACAACCGCAAAGUAAAAUAACCUUCCUUGUAAAAUGGAAUUGAAACGUUUCCAGGUGCGAAAAGCAGAACUACGACGCCCAAUUGUCGACUUCUGUCGUCGUGAUCCACCACAAUGAGGCUCUUUCUGUCCUUUUGAGAAUGCUCAAUGGUAAUUUUGAAAAAAAGCGUGAAAAAAAAAAAGAAAAAAGUUGCGAUUUUUGAACCGUUCAGACAUCAAUUUUCUUCUUACGUCAUUCUUUAUGACCUGAAACAAUCUGACCUGUCUGCGCUCUCUUUUCUCUCACCUGCGGGGUCAAAGGAAAAUGAAAAUAGCAUGUAGACACACGAGGGAAGAGAGAGCAAAAAGACAUUUUUAUGAGCUCUGAGGAAUAUUUCUUAUUCUAGUAGUUUAAAAGCUGGUUUUCGAGUUCCUAGCUUCAGAAAAAUUUUAAAAUGGCUCAAAAUUUUCUGACCUAUCUGCGCUCUCUUUUCUCUCACCUGCAAGGUCAGAGAAACAUAAAAAUAGCACGGAAAUACGAGAGGACCUAGAGAAAUCAGAUUUUUUUGAGGUAGUGUUACUCAUUUGCCGAAAAAUGAAAAUUCUAGUUAUUGUCUUUUUUUCUCUGCAACUCUCUCGUCUUUACGUGAUAUUUCCAUGAUUCCCUGACCUCACCGGUGAGGGAAAAGAGAGCCCAGACAAGUCAGACUGUGCUAAUCUUAAUGAACUUCCAAGUUAUUUUGAGUGAAUUUCUUGCCUUUCCAGGAAUUUUCGCCAAGACACCGGCGAAUCUUCUGAAAGAGAUCGUCAUCUACGAAGACGCCUCCGACGAGGAACAUCAACUGAACGGCCAUCUCGAGAAGUACGGAAAGAUCAAGGGCGUCUCCGACAAGUUGGUCAUCGCCAGGAACCAAUACCGACAAGGGCUCAUCAGGGCCAAGGUGAAUUUGUCAUUUUUAAAAAACCUGGAAGAUUUUUUUCUUUGAAUUCAAAGUAGAAUGACGUCAUUCGAAAACGCUGUGUGGAUGGCUGGCUCCCUAACUGGUUUAUCGUGCCAUUAGGGGCGGAGCUUGAGUUUGACAUUGAAAUAUUAACAGACUAAAGAAUCUCAAAAAGAAAAUUCAGCGAGAAAUCGGAAAUCAAACUCACGAAACACAUUGAAGAGUCUUAAAAAGUGGACAAGUCUUUCAAAAAUUGUUUGGUCUACGAUCUGCGAUUAAACCUAGAUCAAAUUUCGGCCCGGGAAACUAGGGCAUCUCCCAUUUUUUUUUUCAACUCUGGCUAGGUUUCUCAACGGGUGUACCCGUAUAAAGCCCGAUUUUUGAAGUGUAUUUAAGUCUGCGUUCUGCUAAGACGGGCAAAAAACGGGUGCAAGAAAAAAAUAGGUGUCCCAGCUGUUUAUUUUGAAAAUCUGAGCGGUAACUCAGCUGGGGUAAAAAGUACUGAAAGGUCUCCCAACUUUGAUUAUACGGGAGUAAUGCGGGCACACCCGCUGAGAGCCCGGAUUAUCAGGGCAGGGCUAAGCUCAUAAGCAUGAGAGACUGCUUUUUAUAGUCUGUCCAGUUUUUGAAUGUCAAGCAGCUGACUCCACCUCUAAGGCUACAAUAUCUUUCGCGUCAAUGUUUUAUCUACAGAUGACGAUGUCCCUUUAAUAAGGCUGCCUUUUUGACUUCUUUCUCUACCUUUUUGAUCAAAAAAGAUCAAAAUUAGUCCCGCGCGAUAAAACAUCGACGCGAAAAGGUACCGUCUCAUCAGGAGCGGAGUUAGCUGGUUGACAUUUAAAAUCUGAACAGACUAUAAUCGUUUUUUCUCCCUUUUCCGGUUUAUAUGUUUUUCUUUUAUCGCGUUAGAACUUUUUAUCUAGGCUUCUGGAUUUCUUUGGACUAUUGGAUAGUUUCGAAGUUCAGGUACAUGCUUCUCGUCUGGCCACCGGCGAGGUCAUUGUCUUCAUGGACAGUCAUUGCGAAGUCGCCGACCGUUGGUUGGAGCCCCUUCUUCAGCCGAUCAAGGAGAACCCAAAAAGGUUCAAAAAAAUCAUGUUGAAAAAAAAGUCGAAGAAACCCUGACCCUUUUAUAAUUGAAUUAUGUGCUCCAUGGCUAAUUUAAUAAGUUUUUUCAUGUCGUUUACAAAAUCGACGCGUUUUUGAAAUGACUUCGCCAACAGCGCUCGAGUCUCCGGAAGCGAGAGAGCACUGGUAAACGAGAGAGCUUCAGAGAAACAGAACUCUGCGCACUCUCAUUUUUAAACGCUCUCUAACUUUCGAAAAGCCGAGCACCGAAGAUUUGAACGUAGAAUCAAGUUUCGUGAAGUCGUUUUUCCACAAAGAACGCCGAAGGGGACCCUCUAGGGGCCAUCAUACCUUCCCCCUAUAGGGGACACUAAAGAUUGCAAAGGUCAAGAUUUACUAAAUAUGCCUUUGAAAAAAAAUUUGGAGACCCCUUUAGGGACCACCUUAAUUUCAGCCCUCUAGGGGUUGUUAUUUCCCUAGCCCCUUUAGGGGCUGAUAAAAAGUUAUUUUUCCAGCGUCGUUCUCCCAGUCGUCGACCUGAUCAACCCGGUAACUUUCGAAUAUUCGAAGAGUAUGGUCGCGAAGAGCGGAUUCGACUGGGGCCUCAACUUCAAAUGGAUCUACCUGCCCUGGUCUUAUUUCGAGACCGAGGAGAACCACGUCAAGCCUUUUGAGUCAGUUUUUGGGCGAAAAGAUAAUUUUAAAAAGUGAAAAAAGGAAAGAUAAUAAUCCUGAGUAGCUUGGUAAGCUAGAAAUAAUUUUUACUUCGAACUUCAAUUCUCUUCUUUCUUUGAAUGACCCGAUUUGCAGAAGUUUAAGGAAGCAUGGCGUUUUUUCCGUAAAUUGAAGUGUGUCGUGUGCAUGCACCGCGACGCACUCGCACAUGCCAAGAUUCGUCUCAUGACCCAUUGCCCAUGCGUCUUUAAUAUUCAGUGUUGUUUACGCGUGUUUCCCAUGACGUCACAUGGGAACGGCGGAGGUUUCGACCACGCCCCCUUCAUUUUUGUUUCACUAAAAAACGCCGUGCAAAGGGAUUCCUCGAAAUUCAGAACAGCAGAGAAAGAAAAAGAUAAAUAAGUUUUGGAGGGUCAGAGAUAACUUUGCGUUCCGCCGAAGUUCCUUUGCAGUGUGUAAAAAGAAUUUCUCGAAAAUUGGUUUGAGUAUGUGCGAGAGCGCCGCGGUGCAUGCACACGACACACUAAACUUUACGCGAAAAUAUGGGCGGGUGUCGCCUAAAAAACGCCGUGAGAAAAAAGAAGAAAAAAAAAUCAAUAAUUUCCUUCUUCAUCCUUUUCGGAGGUUCUGAUGAAUUUUUGAAGAGUCUUUUUUUUUUUUGAAAGCGUUUCCUGGUUAGUUGCAAGCUUAUAGUCAAUGUUUCCCGACUUGAAAGGCGAGGGAGGCGGGACGCGUAGCGUGUGCGUACGCGGUUCUUGGCACGAGUCCAAUUUAACCGCCAGCGACUACUUGGAGAGCUCAUUUAUCGCUCUUUUCACUUCUUUUUUAAUUAUUUAUUGAUUAUAUUCAUGUGUGCAUCAAAAAAUAGUUGAAAAUACAGAAAAAGAGCGGUUGCCGAGCUUUUUAAAUAGUUGGCGGCGAUUGAACUGAACUUGCGCCAAGAACCGCGUACGCACACGCUACGCGUCCCGCCCCUUGCCCCGCCUCCCUCGCCUUUCAAAUCGGGAAACAUUGACUAUAUAAUGGCACAUUUCAAAAUAUUUUCAGGUCGCCGGCCAUGUCCGGAGGUCUUCUCGCCAUCCGCCGUGACUACUUCAAGGAAAUCGGCGAAUACGACAUGGGCAUGGAAAUCUGGGGAUCCGAGAACAUUGAACUGUCGUUGAAGGUUCACAACUGAAUUAUUGUGAAAUAAUUCUGGAGAUUCCAGGUUUGGCUGUGCGGAGGCCGUGUUUUGGUGGCGCCGUGCUCCAGAAUCGGCCACGUCUUCAGAAUGCGUCGUCCGUACACCAGCAAGCCCGGCAUGGACACGGCCCUGUACAACGCCGUCCGCGUGGCGAAGACUUGGCUCGGAGAUCAUGAGGUAUAGUCUGUUUUUUCGCGACUUGAAAGGGCGGGACUUCUCUGCGCCCUCUCAUGUUUACGUACUAUUUCCUCACUUCGCCGGUGAGGGAACAGAGAGACGCAGACACGCGAAACGACUAUGAAAAAAGUUUAUCUUGUAAAACCAGGGCUUUGGGUCCUUUUCAUAGAAUACUGCACAACUUUUGUUUUUUAAAGAGUCCAAUUUUUACGUUAUAAAUUGAUGUAGAAGAUCAUUAACUACAUCUUCUUCGAAAAAAACAAAAUUCAAAAAAAUGUGCCGUCGGUGAAAAUUUUAAAACAGCACAAGUUUAUUGAGUUGCGCGUCUUAAGGUAUCACUAAAAAGGCUCAUAAUAUGAAAUUUGGUAGAAAAAUUUUGAAAAAAAAUUUUUCUGCGCAGAGUGAGACUGUGAGCAAUCUCAAUGAAGACCUUCAAAGAGUUUGAGCGAAUUUUUGGUAAAAUCCGAUCGGAAUUAAAUGACAACCUUGUCAGGCGAAUCCGAGGAAGAGGAAAAAUUGAUAUUUUUUAAAUUAGUCUCUCAACAGGCCUCUGGUAGGUAAGUAGAAGGUUUUAGGAAGCUGUGUGGAAGGAUUUUGACCUCAGAAAUCUUCUAAACGCCUUACAAGGGAAAAAAGCUCCCCAACACCUUCCCAGUUUGCCUGAGUAUCAAACGAUGAACAAUGUAACCAUAUUUCCAAUAGUUCCCAAGAAAAUUAUUUUCAAAAUGAAUAAAAGUAAUCAAAACAAGACAUUCUAAUAUUUCGAAAGCCCACAAAACAUGGACCACCCUAAAAUUCUACUUAUUAACAAAAAAUGCGCUUAUUCCAGAAAUACUUCAUCAAGGCCCGACCAAAAGGCGCCAAGAUCAUGUUCGGCGACAUCAGCGAGAACGUCCAGCUCAAGGAGAAACUCCAGUGCAAAGACAUGAAAUGGUUCAUCGACAACGUCUAUCCCGAUCUCAAGCCAAUUGUUCAUGAAGAAUUGUAA